CCAAGCAGCACAUUAUGUCUCAUCACGUGACGUUCCCACUCUGAAAAUUCCUACUCGCACUCUCCAGUCUCCGCCCAUUUGAAAAAGGGACUAAUCGUCCUUUUAGGGGUUUUCUAAUUUCUCUCCCAACUCUGUUCAUCAACUCAAAUCGAGAUGUCAUACUCAAGAGGUGGAAGGUCUGCUUCACCACCUAGGUCCGUAUCGCCUUGCAGGGGUCGACAGUCAAGGUCAUUGUCUAGGUCCAGGAGGAGCCGAUCCAGGAGCCAUUCUGAGGAUCCUGUAAAUCCUGGAAAUAAUUUGUAUGUAACGGGCUUAUCUACAAGGGUCAAUGGCAGUGAUCUUGAAAAGUAUUUCAGCAGCAAAGGGAAGGUUACUGAGUGCCAUCUGGUAACAGAUCCUCGCACCAAGGAGUCUCGCGGAUUUGGUUUUGUUACUAUGGAAACAACUGAGGAUGCAGAUCGAUGCAUUAAGUAUCUGAACCGGUCUGUGCUGGAAGGUCGAUUGAUUACUGUGGAGAAGGCGAAAAGGAAGCGUGGGAGGACCCCAACACCUGGAAGGUAUCAUGGUCUGAAAGAUACACGAGCUGCAGGACGUGACCGAAGACGGUCACGUAGCUACUCACCUCACCGUCGGCAUGACAGAAAUCCUUAUUCAAGAGGUCGGCGAGGAAGAUCACGCUCCCCAUACAGUAGAAGGGCAGAUGAUCUUUCUGAUUCAUACAGGAGACGCAAGGGUCGUUCCAUAUCACCUGGUGGCGGCGGCGGCAACUACUCAAGAGCGCAUUAACUCUGGCUGAUGUGAGUGCCCCAUAUUUACCUUGUCAGUAGAAUGUGGUACAUAUUUACCCUUGUGAAGUUUGGAUUCGUUGAUUUAUUUUCCAUUCCUUGCUGUUUUGUAUGUCGAUAUGCAUUAACAACCAUAAACAUUGUGAAAUUUGGCUGUAAUGUGAGCCAAGACUCCUCUGGAUUUCUUCUCCCCCCCAAAACAACAAAAAAAAUCCACCACCACCAACAACAAACACACACCAAAACCACUCCUCCGGUAGCAUGAUGCUUUGGUUAUUUUGAACUUGACACCCUUACUUUUCUUUGAUCAUGCCGAGUUUGUUGGGUUCUGAGUAUAUUUGAAUGUUGUUGUCGUGAUUGGUAACGCUCUACUAUCAAGCUUAGUAUCUUG